UGUGUCGGGGCGGGAGGGGAGUGUGAGCGCUGAGCGCUGUGUGUGAGGAUAUGGAGCCGCUGAGGUUCCUGACGGUGGUGUCCGCUCUGUGUCCCCUCUCCCCCUCCGCACUGCACAGCGGGCAGAGUGUGUGUCGGGGCGGUGUGGAGCGUCCAUGCUAUAAGGUGGCCUAUUUCCGGGAUGCGUGGCGCCGGGCGGAGUUCGGGGCUGCUCGUCGAGAGUGUGAGCGGGACGGGGGACAGCUGCUGAGCGUGCAGUCGCUACACGAGCAGCGUUUUGUCCAGAAGCUACUGGAGGCGCUGUCGGCUGCGGAUGGGGACUUCUGGAUCGGCCUGUGGCGCGGGGAGAGCGAGACCGGCAACCUGACAGACUGCGCUGCCCGCUACCAGUGGCUGGACGGCACCGAUGGCAGCUUCAGGAACUGGUAUGAGGACGAGCCGUCAUGUGGCAGCGAGGCCUGUGUGGUGAUGUACCACCAGCCCUCAGCCUCCGCGGGCAUGGGCGGGCCAUACCUGUACCAAUGGAACGACGACCGCUGUAACAUCAAGAACAACUUCAUUUGCAAGUACUCACCAGCUCGAACCACGAGGGCCCCUCCACUGGCCCCUGGCAACACGUCCCGGAGCCCGGAGUGGCUGACAGCCAGGCCUGACCAGGAGACCGUGGAUGUGCGGGAGACAGACGAGGUUCCCCUGAACAUUCUGUACGUUGUGGUACCGACUGUCCCACUGCUGCUGCUGCUCGUGGCCAUCGGCGCCUUCUGCUUCCGGCUCUUAACACAGAGGAGGAAGGAGAGACAGGAGAGUCGGGCAGUGAAGGAGCGCAGCCUCUGGUUGGCCGCGGAGGCCAGUGCGGCCCCCAGCCUGGAGAUCCACAAGGUGAUCAGGAGACAGACCGAGGCUGACCUGAGCGGCUCCUGGGCUCACACACCCAACUCGUCCUUUCGCGCUCCCCCUGCCCAGCGCCCUGUGGACACGCUCUCAGGGGAGUACGACAACGUGAGGGUCAGCGACACCCAGAGCGGCUUUGUGACCAACGAGAUCUAUGAGCCGUGUGUGGAGCCGGGCGGCAGGGCUCGGGAGCGGGAGCGGGAGCGGGGCUGGGUGGACAAUGAGAUCUAUGGCUAUUAGUCAGCUGUUGUGAUGGACAGACACAGAGUCGCUGUGUAGACACCGCUCUGGGCACAGGCAGGGCUGAUGGUGGCAGGUGACUGGACAAGGGGCUGCCCUGAAUUAUUGGUGCUGUUGCUCCCAGUGGCCAACCCAACACCCGGAGAAACACAGUCUUGUUCCCAUCCUCACCCCAUUUCCGCAUGUCAAUAGCCUUGACACAACAACCCAUUCCCCCCCACCCAAUGCACAAUUGAAAUGCACAAAUGUUUUCACACUGUGUCAGGUGUGAGUUUAUUUGUUAUUGAGAUGCUGAACUCACACAAACUGACCCCCAAACUCGGUAUAUAAAGGCCCCAGGCUGGGUCUCAGGCCUAUCCCAGGCUCAUGCCCCUUCCAGUGGGGAGUGGGUGUGGGAGGUCGGUAGAGUGGGAGAGGCUGGUGACUGGAACCUUUAAGCUUGAACCUGACAGUGUGAAACAAGACCUUUACUUUGGAUGCUAAACGAUGAUAUGGAAUGAAGGAAUGCACUGGGUUGACCCAAAACCCAUAAAAAUCACUGGAAAUAAACUUUCUGUGAAGAGACAAAAA